AUGGCUUCUAGGUGUUGGGGGACACUUCCUCAGAGGUCCGUGAGCUCGAAGACGGCGAUCUCAGGCUUUGGAAGCCUUUGGAUGAGGCCCGAGAUGGAGGGGACCACCGGAGCUCCAAUCCGCUUGUCCCGGUCGCCGAUAGCCACUGGCUGGGUCAGGAAUCCGAAGAAUUCUUCUUACAAGGAUGUACUCAUACUUGCUUACCAAAGUCUGGGUGUGGUGUAUGGUGAUCUUAGCACUUCACCUUUGUAUGUUUAUAAGACUACUUUCUCAGGGAAAUUGAGCCUGCACGAGAGUGAUGAGGAAGUUUUUGGGGUUUUUUCUUUCAUAUUUUGGACUCUCACUCUCAUUCCACUGUUCAAAUACAUUUACUUUGUCUUAUCAGCUGAUGAUAAUGGUGAAGGCGGUACAUUUGCACUAUACUCUUUGCUAUGUCGGCAUGCCAGAUUGUCAAUUUUGCCUAACCAACAAGCUAUUGAUGAGAAUUUGUCAACUUAUGAUGUUGAAGGAUCUACAGACACUUGGCAGAGUGUUAUGCUUAAUGAUUUUUUCAGUAGGUACCCGAGAUUAAAAAAUGUGCUUCUAAUUGUUGUUUUGCUUGGAACUUGCAUGUCGAUUGGCGAUGGGGUGCUCACUCCCACAAUCUCAGUUCUUUCUGCUGUUUCUGGGCUCGGAGUGAAAAUAACUCAUCUUCAUGAAAAUUAUAUAGUGGCACUAUCAUGUUUGAUCCUGGUGGCACUCUUCUCACUUCAACGCUUUGGAACACAUCGAGUUGGUUUCAUAUUUGCUCCAAUUGUAAUUGCUUGGCUUCUGUGCAUUAGUGUUAUUGGUAUAUAUAACAUAUUUAAAUGGAAUCCAAGUAUCUUCCAUGCCAUCUCACCAGUGUACAUGUACAAAUUUCUCAGCAGUACUGGGGUAGAAGGUUGGGUUUCUUUGGGGGGUGUGGUCCUAUGCAUUACAGGUGCAGAGACCAUGUUUGCCAAUUUGGGUCAUUUCUCUCCAAUUUCAAUUAAGAUUGCUUUCUCCUUUCUGGUCUAUCCUUGCCUCGUUCUUGCUUACAUGGGUGAAGCUGCAUUUCUUUCUAAGCACCACGAUGAUAUACAGAGAAGCUUCUAUAAAGCUAUACCAGAAACUGUAUUUUGGCCUGUAUUCAUAAUAGCAACAUGCGCUGCAGUAGUUGGAAGUCAGGCUGUGAUUUCAGCAACCUUUUCUAUUAUAAGCCAGUGCUGUGCAUUGAAUUGCUUCCCUCUAGUGAAAAUUAUUCAUACUUCAAAUCACAUAUAUGGUCAAAUAUACAUCCCAGAGGUCAAUUGGAUUCUAAUGUGCCUUUGUUUGGCUGUAACAAUUGGACUUAGAAAUACAAAUAUGAUUGGACAUGCAUAUGGGCUUGCUGUCACAAUUGUGAUAUUUGUAACAACUUGGUUGAUGUUUCUGGUGAUAAUAAUUGUCUGGAAGCAGAAGAUCAUUUCAGCUAUCAUUUUUCUCAUAUUCUUUGGAUCUAUAGAGCUUAUAUACAUCUCAGCUUCCUUCAUCAAGAUCCCUGAAGGGGGUUGGAUACCUCUUACACUUUCUAUAAUCUUUAUGUGUGUGAUGUACAUCUGGAACUAUGGUACACUGCUUAAGCAUGAAUUUGAUUUACAGAAUAAGGUCUCAGUUCAGAAGAUAUUAGCUUUAGGUCCUAACCUUGGACUUGUUCGGGUGCCGGGCAUUGGACUGGUUUAUACUGACUUGGUGACCGGUGUUCCUGCUGUUUUUGGACAUUUUGCGAUGAGUCUUCCAGCCUUUCAUCAAGUUCUAAUCUUUGUGUGCAUUAAAUCAGUUCAGGUUCCCUUCAUCCCUGAGUGUGAAAGAUUUCUCGUCGGCUGGAUUGGGCCGAAGGAACAUCUAAUGUUCAGAUGCAUUGUGAGAUAUGGAUACAAAGAUUUGCGGCAAGAAAACCAUGACUUUGAGAACAGGCUUGUGUCUAAAAUUAUCUCAUUUGUGGAGAUGGAAGAAGUUCUGAAAUCAGAAGAGAAUGCAGGUUUAGUAAAACCUGGAGAGUUUGGUCUGGUAGAGGGUUUUGUUAGAAGUGAGCAAUCUAUGGAGAUAUUUAAGGCUAAAGAAUCUGGUGUGGUAUACAUUACUGGACACUCUUACGCUAAGGCAAGGAGUUCAUCUUCCUUGAUAAAGAAAUUGGCCAUAGAUAUUGUUUAUGCUUUCCUUAGCAAGAAUUGCAGAGCUCCUGAUCUUCAGUUAAGUGUGCCUCACUCUUUGUUGCUUAAAGUAGGCAUGGUUUACUAUGUAUAA